UCUCGUGUGGGCGGGACUCCUCCGGGCCUCAGCCUCCGUCACUCCAGGUCCUGAGCGGAUUGUUUGUUGUCAAGAUGGAGUUUUUACUCGGGAAUCCGUUCAGCACUCCCGUGGGUCAGUGUGUAGAGAGGGCCACAGAUGGAGGCCUGCAGAACGAGGACUGGACCCUCAACAUGGAAAUCUGUGAUAUCAUAAAUGAGACAGAAGAAGGGCCAAAAGAUGCCAUGCGCGCACUGAAGAAGAGACUCAGCGGCAACAAGAACUACAGAGAAGUGAUGCUGGCACUAACGGUAUUGGAAACAUGUGUGAAGAAUUGCGGCCACAGGUUUCAUAUCCAGGUCGCAAACAGAGAUUUCAUUGAUGGCGUUUUGGUCAAAAUCAUCUCUCCCAAAACCAAUCCUCCAACUAUCGUACAAGACAAAGUGCUGUCGCUCAUACAGGCCUGGGCUGAUGCCUUCAGGAGUAGCCCUGAUCUUACUGGGGUGGUUCAUAUUUAUGAGGAGCUGAAGAGGAAAGGCAUUGAAUUCCCAAUGGCAGACCUAGACGCAUUGUCUCCAAUUCACACACCACAGAGGGGUACCCCUGAGGUUGACCCAGCGAUGAUCAAGUACCUAGCCCCUACAUCCCCUGCUGCCGCAGCUCCGAAACCUGCCCCGACCCCUGUUUCUACCCCACCGGUCUCCAACGUGCCCGGUCCCAUUACGGCAACAGCUGAACAGAUUGCCCGGCUGCGCAGUGAGUUGGACAUAGUGAGAGGAAACAUCAAAGUCAUGUCAGAGAUGCUAACAGAGAUGGUUCCCGGCCAGGAAGGUGCCUCUGACCUCGAGCUGCUGCAGGAGCUGAACAGGACAUGCAGGGCCAUGCAACAGAGGGUGGUGGAGCUGAUUUCACGCGUCUCUAAUGAGGAAGUGACCGAGGAGCUCCUCCAUGUCAACGACGACCUCAACAAUAUUUUCCUCCGCUAUGAGAGGUAUGAGAGAUACAGGUCGGGUAGACCCGCACAGAACAACGGGAUGUUGAAUGAGGCCACAGAGGACAACCUGAUAGACCUGGGCCCAGGCUCCCCUGCUGUGGUCACGCCCAGGAUCACAUCCAGCCCUCCACCGCGCUCCACUGCAGGGGCCACUGCCUCCCCAGCCCAUAACCCCACGACAGCAUCGCUGUCCACCGCACUAGCUGGCCUGGAUGUAGGUUCGGACAGCGUGACUGGUACCCUGUCGUCUCUAUCAGGCCACAACCGGGACGACUUUGACAUGUUUGCCCAGACCAGGAGUAGCUCUCUGGCUGAACAGCGCAAGAAUGUAAAGUAUGAGGACCCGCAGGCUCUGGGUGGCCUGGCCUCAGCUUUGGAUGUGAGACAGCAGAAUGCAGGAGGGCUGAGGGUAAAAGGGGAUGAUAACCCAGCAGAUCAGGAGCUGCCCAUAGACAGCUGGCUUAUUACCCAAGGAAUGAUCCCUGUAUCGCAGUCCUCUGUCAUGGAUGACAUAGAGGAGUGGCUCUGUGCUGACGUGAAAGGGGAUCCCACUGAGGAAGGGGUGACCAGUGAAGAGUUUGAUAAGUUCCUGGAGGAGCGAGCAAAGUCAGCAGACACCGUCGCAUCUCCCAUGGGAGCUAACCCUGCUCACCCAGCCCGAGCAUCUGGUGGCUCCCACAAGAAGGCUGAACGGACAGAAGACGCCCUCUUUGCCUUGUAGACUGUUCUCAGAGAACCUUGUUGUCUCUCCAGGGCACCUAAAGGUACUCGACCUAGAUGAUUCCCCAACCAGACAGCCUUUCCAGUCCCAUUUCACAGCUGACUGGCAGUGUUGUUGCAAGAUCUCUCCUCUGCUUUGUCAUUCUCAUGUCAGUGUUGCUCUAACAUACAUUACUGCACUACUCUGAUGCAUUUAACUAUAAAUGCAUGUAUAUUGUUAGUGUGGGAUGUAGUACUCGCGGCCCUGCUUCUCAUUUGUAACACGCCACCAAAGGAAGACGACCUAAUUUGUCUGAUGUGGUUUUAAAAAGUGUUAAAUUACUGCAAGACGAAUCGCUGCAGGUCCAUGCAUUUGAGUCAGUAUGUAGGCCUACAAUUAUGACAAUAUUGUGAUGUGUUACUACAUUCAGCUAAUUGCUAAUUUAUGCAUUUAUUGUUUAAUGGUUUGUUCUGUACUCUGUCCUAGCGCUGUUGUUAUUUAGCGUUUAAGUCUUUUAAAACUGAAUUAUGUGCAGAACACAACAUGUGUUAUAACCCAGUUUGCCUGAGGCAAUGUAAAGAAAAUAGCUAGCAGGCAAAUUCUGCUACCUGGGAAUAUAAUAGUUAAAUUACAGCUAAUCGCAAUGGUUGUACGCCAGCGCUUUUUUUUAACCAAAGGGAAUAGGAGAAAAUUCUAAACAGCAGUAGUUAAGAUUCUCUGCUAUGUAUUUCAAGUAGCUAAGGGGAAGGAACAUGCACAUUGAUUUUUUUCAGUCCUUGUGGUCAGAAAAGACCACAACAAAUCCACAAAGAGAAAUAUAAUAUUGAACACUUGUGUAGCCAUUCCAAAGACGAUAAAGGCUUUAACGACCAACUAGCACUUACUGUUGCCAGUCGAACAAUAAUCACGCCCGAGCAUAUAAAUGUAAAGGGAUCAUGAACAUUUUCCUUCCCCUGCUAUGAUUCAUGUCUGUGCACUUUGAAGCAAAAACAAAUCUGUAUUUUGUCCUUUGUGUUUACAAGAUGGUUACUAUUUUUCUAGGGGAGGGGGAAAUGGUCUGUAGAUUGACUUCGUUUUGCACAACAUAACUUUUUUAACUGUGUAACUGCAGCUCUUGUACCCACAGAUGUGGAGAGAUUAACUUUUAAACUUAUGAUUGCAGAACCUUAAAGUAUUACGAAUUGCAUAAAGACAAGACAAAAAUCUUUGCGCUGUCAUCAUACCUGACCACAAGACUCAAAGUGUAGCUUACAAUAAUGCGCUGUUGUAAAGGAUGUAUUCAAAUAAGUAGAUCUUCACUUACUCAAUACUAUGUAAUCGAUACACCUCAAAAUACAGGAAUUCUUUGUUUCUGUAUCUGGUAAAAAAUAUAUUGGCUCAUUAAAUCCAGACGUCAGAGAGGUUUAUGUAUUAUUUGAUCCCCUGAUUGUAUUUUUAUAGAUCAUUUAAGAGAAAAAAACAUGUCUGUGCCACUUCAUCUUUUGUGGUUCAGGCUAAAACAUGCAGCAAACAAACACUCAUUUGAUUUACACCAUCAAAGACAUAUUUUCAUGCUCAGUGUAUUUUCAUUCUGGUGUGAUUCAUCUGCUGUUGUUGGAGCAGCUGCCAAGGAUUUGUGUGAUUGACUGAUUUCAGCAAAGUAGCUCUGACUUGAGUUUGCCUUUGCUGUACUUAUCACACUUUGAGGCAAAAAACAAUCCCAUCUUCAGUCCAGCUCUUUUGCUGAUGCUCUGUUUUGUUUUAUCAAAGCAGUUUUUCCCCUUCAGUCCAUUGAAGACCAAACGCCUUGUCAAUCUAGACAGUCCAAUUAAAACUCUUCCUAAAUUGUCAAAGUCUAAUUAAACUUUCUUUUUAUCAUUAUAGUCCUUCUGCUGGGGGGAAAUAUAAAUUAUUUUGUGUAUGUAAUCAUAAGGACUAAAUAUUUUAUUACAUAUUAGUUGAGAAGAAAAUACAGAUUAAUGAGCUUUAACUGUCUUCAAUGCAGCAAGAUUACAUAUAGUUUCAAUAUGGGUGCCAGGUAACUGAGAUGAUAGCGUUAAAUCAGCAAUCAACCAUUGUGUCAUUUUUGAAAACUAAACAAAAAAAAGUGACUAAAAAUGUAACAGGAGAUCCUUUAAAAGGGAACUUUUCUCUGUGUUUGUGUGUUUAUGUAUCUCUGGAUCUGUAACAGAGUGUAUUGUGUUACUUGCUUUUAUGAAGCUUAAGUCCUUAUGGCAACAUGUAUUCCUCUCAACAUGGUUACUGAAUGUCUUUUUAAUACUGACGAGACAGAGCAUUUAGUGGAUAUGUUGUGGACACGGCAGACAGAGGCUUGAUUUCUAACUGUUGGGCUCCCGUGUCUGUUUGGCUGUGCCGCCUGCUGCCAUUACUGAUGGUCAGAUUUUUGUUUGACCUAAUGCACGUAUAUAACUGCCCAAUAAAACACUAGCAAUGUGUGACCUCUA